AUGCCUCAAAACGAACAUAUCGAACUUCAUCGUAAACGACAUGGUCGUCGGUUCGAUCACUAUGAAAAACAAAAGAAGAAAGAAGGACGUUUACCGCAUAUUUUAUCUAAAAAAGCUCAGACAUUGCGCGGCAUCAAAGCAAAAUUGUAUAACAAACGUCGUCAAAAUGAAAAGAUACAAAUGAAAAAGACCAUUAAAAGUCACGAAGAAAAAGAAACGAAACAGCGACAAGAAGUACCAGAGGGUGCCUUACCUGCUUAUUUACUUGAUCGUGAGAAACAGAGUCGAGCGAAGAUUCUAUCCAAUACCAUCAAACAGAAACGAAAAGAAAAAGCGGGUAAAUGGGAUGUUCCCAUUCCGAAAGUGAAAGCUGUUAGUGAAGCUGAAGUGUUCCGUGUUGUUCAAUCAGGAAAACGACGAAAGAAAGCAUGGAAACGCUUGGUAACUAAGCCUUGUUUUGUUGGUGAAGGUUUUACGCGAAAGCCCCCAAAAUAUGAACGAUUCAUUCGUCCUAUGGCACUUCGAUUUACCAAAGCACACGUAACACAUCCAGAAUUAAAAGCCACUUUUCAAUUGCCAAUCAUUGGUGUGAAGAAAAAUCCAAGCUCACCAUUGUACACCUCUUUGGGCGUUAUCACUAAAGGAACAGUACUCGAGGUGAAUGUUAGUGAACUUGGUAUGGUGACACAAGGUGGUAAAGUCGUCUGGGGAAAGUAUGCGCAAGUGACGAAUCAUCCGGAAAAUGAUGGAUGUAUCAAUGCUGUACUUUUAGUGUAA